CUAUCUAAGUCUAGUCUUGACUUCACCUUAACUUACAUGAUUUCCACUUUCUAGACUUAAGACAUAAAUAGCUCCUCAGAUUCUUUAUUUUCUGAAAAUCAAAGAAGAUGGGAGGUUGGGGUUGGGUAUUGGUGAUGGUGGUGAUGAUGAUGAAGGAAACAGAAGGAAGAUUUGUGGUGGAGAAGAGCAGCAUAAGUGUUCUAUCACCAAUUGAGAUACGAUCGAAGCAUGAUGCAGCCAUCGGUAACUUUGGGGUGCCUGAUUACGGUGGUUCAAUGGUGGGUUCGGUUGUUUAUCCUCGCAAACCAGACUCUGCUACCGGUUGUGCUCAAUUCCAGGGGGACAAGCCCUACAAAUCUAAGUCAUCUUCUCGCCCAACCAUCCUUCUUCUUGAUCGUGGAGAAUGCUACUUUGCUUUGAAGGCAUGGAACGCACAGCAAGCAGGUGCAGCCGCUGUAAUAGUAGUCGAUACCAUAGACGAGCCUCUGAUAACCAUGGACUCCCCUGAGGCCAGCUCCACGGCAUACGACUUCAUCGAAAAGCUCACGAUUCCAUCUGCAUUGAUCCAAAAAACUUUCGGUCAGUCCAUAAAAGACGUCUUAGAAAAACAUGACCAAGAAGUUCUGUUAAAGCUCGACUGGUCUGAGUCCAUGCCCCAUCCGGACAAGAGGGUCGAGUACGAGUUAUGGACCAACAGUAACGACGAGUGUGGGGUCCGUUGUGAUGAACAGAUGAAUUUCAUCAAGAAUUUCAAAGGCCAUGCUCAGAUACUCGAGAAAGGAGGUUACACGAUGUUCACGCCACAUUAUAUAACAUGGUACUGUCCUAAACCGUUCAUUCUGAGUGAUCAGUGCAGGUCUCAGUGUAUCAAUCAUGGUCGGUAUUGUGCACCGGAUCCCGAGCAGGAUUUCGGAGAAGGGUAUAAUGGGAAAGAUGUGGUGUUUGAGAACUUGAGGCAGCUUUGUGUUCAUAGAGUUGCUAAAGAGACCAACAGGUCUUGGGUCUGGUGGGAUUAUGUGACUGAUUUCCAUAUCAGAUGUUCUAUGAAGAAAAAAAGAUACAGCAAAGAAUGUGCUGAGGAUGUCAUCAAGUCACUUGGAUUGCCUAGUGACAAGGUACAAGAAUGCAUGGGAGAUCCUGAAGCCGAUAUCGAUAACAAAGUACUAAAAUUCGAGCAAGAUUCCCAGAUUGGACAAGGAUCGCGUGGUGAUGUAACCAUCUUGCCAACAUUGGUCAUUAAUAACGUUCAGUACAGAGGAAAAUUGGACAGAACUGCUGUACUGCGAGCCAUAUGUUCGGGAUUUAAGGAGACGACCGAUCCUCCUAUAUGUUUAAGCGGAGAUCUUGAGACAAAUGAGUGUCUUGAAAGGAACGGUGGUUGUUGGAUCGACUCACAAAAGGGCAUAAGUGCUUGCAAGGACACUUUCAGGGGAAGAGCAUGUGAAUGCCCUACAGUGAACGGGGUGCAAUAUCGAGGAGAUGGAUAUACGUUUUGUGAAGCCUUUGGAGCUGGGAGAUGUACAGUCAACAAUGGAGGAUGCUGGUUGGAUAUUAGGGACGGAAAGAGGUUUACGGCUUGUUCAGUGUCUAAUAUGACCGGCUGUAGUUGUCCGCAAGGUUUUCAUGGGGAUGGUCAUACUUGUAAAGAUAUCGACGAGUGCAAGGAAGGUAAGGUUUGUCGAUGCGAUGGGUGUACAUGUAAGGACACAUAUGGUGGAUAUGAAUGCAAAUGCAAGGGCGACAAACUAUAUAUAGCCGAUCAAGACACAUGUAUUGAAAGGAAGGCUUCAAAGUUCGCUUGGUUCGUUAGCUUGUUGGUACUAGGGGCGGUGGCGAGUGCUAGUUUAGCAGGCUACAUUUUCUAUAGAUACAGAUUAAGGGCAUACAUGGACUCGGAGAUCAUGGCGAUUAUGUCUCAGUACAUGCCUCUCGACAACCAGCACCAGAAUCAAGUGGCUAUUCAUGAAAACGAACCUCUGCAUCAAACAUCAACGGUAUGAUCUAUAAGAGUUUGAACAGUGUAGCAUACACAUAAAGUAAUUGAUUACAGAGGAGGAAUACAGAAUACAUGGGACAAAAUUUUAGAGCACGAAGGACGGGAAGUACGUGUAUGUACAGUUAGUUAGCAAGAUGUAUAAGUGUUGUUAAGAAGCCAUACUACUCUUUAUACAUGUUUAAAAGCGCAGAAGGAGAAUGUGUGUCUGAACAUGCAGAUAAAAGUUGAGUUAAUGGUUCGAACCUCAUAAAUGAUAUUAACUCUUAUAAGCCAUCC